CUCGACCUCGCAUCCGCUGUGUCCCGGACUCUGCAAACAUUGAGUCACUCGAGCGAAGAGGGCCGAGACUUACUACUUGAGACACUCCACAUCCACGAGCAUGUCCGACCGCGGGUAUAUCAACCUCAUUCGCCACCUCGCGCGUCCGUCCUCCACCCUCUCGCUCGAGACUCUCCAAGCGUCCAUCUCGCACUACCUCGCGCGCACGCCCGCACCCCUACCGGGUACUCCAACCCCUCUAGCUGCGGCUGUGCUCAGCAGUCCGCUCUUCCAGCCGUACACGCACGCGACCCUCUCCGCUCUCGCGCUCGCGUUCCGCCAUGCCGUUCACCUACACGUCGGGGUGCUUAGAGAGGAAGCCGAGCGCAACCCCGGGGGGCUGCUUACACGCGGGGUUGAUGUGCGGGGGGAACUUGCGCGCUGGGCUGGGGAGGUGAGAGCGGGCUUUACUGGGAGCGAGCCGUUGGUACGGCUCGCGGGCGCAUCGGGGUUUCUGCUAGGACUCGAAGACUGGGACACGGAGUUGAAGAUCAAGGAGAAGGAGAGGGGCGUGCGCGCGCAGGCAGAGGAGGAGGUCGUGCUAGCCUUGGCGGAGGUUGUGGACGAAUACGCGCGGGAAGGGAGCGGGUGGGAGAAGGACUUCAGGAAAACGGUUGGGGCGAAGGGGGACGAAGAUCCACUGGCACUCGCCGUGCUCCUGGCGUCUCAUUGCACACAGUGCAUUGCGGCAGAGCGCCUGCAAGCUCUCCAACUUUCCACUGUGAUAGAUGUCCUCAUGAACACCAUCGACCGAUCCUUCUACAGUGGCGCGUUCUUGACCGGGGCAUCCACGUCAAUUAACGCUGAUGCGCAGGGUAGGGUUGCAAUAUCGCCAACUUCCCCCUUCGCUCAAACCCUUCGCUCGAUAGCAACUUCGCCAUAUAUCGCCGCAAUGUCCGCUCUCGCGCGGUUCAUAGCACGUGCGCUCACGGUCCUCGUAGAGUCUCGCCGAGCGUCAGGUUGGGAGAGCAUCGGGCGUACAUUGCAGCGCCUCCAGAUCCUGACCUCUACAGUCGAAAAGGACUGGCAAAGGUGUCCCCUCGCCCAAGUAACUAACGAAGAGGAUCUUCCCGAUGGCGCAACGCGCGAGCUUGCGACGGCGACAUGGUCAAUGCUAAAGACACUCCUCUUCACCACCCUCAUGAUAUCCCAAUCUGUCCUCUCCGCGGUCGUGUUUGUUCCAGGCAGGCAAGCAUCGCAGCGCCCGUCCUCGUCCGCUUCGCCACAGGCCAUCGCUCUAACUGUCUUACAUGUUCUCUCUCAUCUGUCCUUCGUAAUGCCGCAGUUAGGUGGGGUCGCUUCGACCUCGGAGGGUGGCCUGCCCGAGCUCAAACGCGCGUUUUACAUGGCACUGGACGUGCUAGCUUCUAGCGAGGAUGCUGCGGAGCGCUUCGUCUCCGAGCUGUGCCAGAGAGAAGGUCUGGCAGGCAAGGGCAAGGGCGUCGAUACUCUUCCGCGGUCGCUCCUCGAUGCACGCAAAGCGUUUGCGCUCGCGUGUGUCGAGCAGCUUGUCCCAAAGCUGUCCGAAGAGACUAUACAGACACGAGUCUACCCUCUUUGUCAUCCACGUCUAUGGGAUUGCAGCCACAGGGAGACGUACGAAUCUGCGCACUCGGUAAUGCUCGCCAUCUUCGCGGCGCACGCGCAAGCAGGUGCGCCGGGAGGUAGCGUUGCCUCAAGAGCACAACCAGCAUUCGCAGAGAAGUUGGUCCCGAUGUACGCGCAGUGUUUAGUCGAGAACUCGUCGGACGAGCGGCUAAGCACUACACAACUAUGCAUGGCUUACGCGGCACUCGUAAGGAGCGCGAACGCCUUUGGGGACGGCGAUGACGAGAGCGCUGAAGGCGACUCCAUGGCGUGGCUUUGCGUCGAGGUACUCCUAGAUGCUAUCCACCAUACGGGCUCCGCUCCGUCAAAUUUCCCAGAACCACCUCAGUCGUCUUCCUCUGCAUCACCGGUUCCAGCCACGCACUCCGAGCACCUGCAUCGCCUGCACCUCACGCUUAUCGCGCUGGUUCCCUCAGUCUCACUCGCUCUUAUGCCCCGCCUCAUGCGAGAAGUCAAGGCGAUCGUCCUCUCGUCUCCAGCGGGUGAUCAGGCUGGGGGGAAACGCGAGGAGCUCGUGCAGGCUCUAUUCAAGGCGAUCUUGCAGGACGUCGGCGACGCGGAGAAGGAGUAUGCGAUUGGAUGGUGGUUAGAGAAUCGAGAAUCGCUCGCUCGCUCGAGAGACAACUUGUUGCACAAUUCACUGGAAACGGAGGGCACCAUGGUGGCUCGAUUGUGAUACGCCACUUUCGACAUCCAUAUACUGACAUCUCACUGUUAGCGGUUACUAGCAGACAGGGAUACCGGGAUUGUGUAUAUCCUAUAUUUGCUAAUAAACACCUUUCUG